CGCGUCCAUGCUUGGUUAACUGUCGUGAGGACUGCAUUGGACAAGGACAGGAAAAUCCAUAGACCUGAUCCGCCCAUCAGAACGGAGGAGGGGAUCUCUUGGAAGUCGCCUCCUCCCGAGUGGGUUACUCUCAACUCUGACGGCUCAGUCUUACAAGAGUCAGGCCUUGCUACUGCAGGAGGCUUGAUCAGAGAUCAUCUUGGACGCUGCCUGGUAGCGUUCUCUUUGAACCUGGGUGCUUGUUCGAUCACCCAGGCAGAGUUGAAAGGCGCUGUGGUAGGACUUCAACUAGCUUGGGACAUGGGAUACAUACAUGUUUUCAUGGAGCACGAUUCGAGAUGUGUUGUCCAGCUCAUCCGGGGCAUGGAAAACCCUAAUCAUUAG